AUGGAACCCCCUUCAUAUGAGGAGGCCAGGCUGAACCCUCCAGCUCUGGGCCCAGCAGCAUACAACCUCCUCCCUCCACCCUCCUACGCCGCCUCCUUCUACUCGCCCACGAUCCCUCCUCCCACCUAUGGAGAAGCAGUCACAAUCCAGCAGGAUCCUUUUCCUGUACUGAAUGUCCCAACUGCAGCGACACAAAACCACGGAACCACAAUCCAUCCAAUUACACUAAUUGGUGUAACAUCAUCCGUCGGCAGCAGACAAACUCACCCAUCAGUGGUGACGACACAGCCGCAGCCUGUUCCCUUCUCAGUGACACAUCUGGGAGACGCCCCUGGUCUGGUACGCUGCCCAUACUGCCACCACGUUGUCACCACUAAAGUCACACACCAGCCUGGGAAGGCCGCCUGGUGCAUGUGUGUGCUUCUCACAAUGAUGGGGCUGAUCUGUGGUUGCUGUUUCAUCCCGUUCAUGAUACCCAGUCUACAAGAUGCACAUCAUUCCUGCCCACAGUGUAAAAACCAUCUGCGAGUAUACACAAGGUGA